AGUGCUUCGAUUGGCAGGAUACGAGCUUACCGCUAACAUAUGAAUUCUCACUUGGAGAGGAGCCAAUAUCCUAUGGCACAUCACCCUCGUCUGUAUCAACAGUUUUACCAGCAGGAUCGCCGGAAAAUGAUUUCCAACUGCAAGUUACUAUUGUUAUCAAGAAUUCAGUUGGAGUAGCUGUUGAACAGAAAUUAUCUAUCAAGGUAAAGCCAUCAUCUAGCCUCGAUCUAUGUGUUUCAUCACCCGAGGACGUUGCAAUCAAGUUAAAAGGUUUUGUAGUCUUGGAAGGUAAUAAGCUUGAUGGAUUUCUCAACAAAGGGGAACUCAGUCAAGCUGUUCAACUUGGCAUAUCCGUCCUUAAGUCUGCCAAUGAGAAAAACGAGUGUGGACUACAACUAGACCCCAAAGACAAAGCCUUGAUAUCCAGCGCAUUAAUUACGAAGUUUACAGCCAUAACACCAGAGAGUCUUGAAAUGUCUCGAAUGGUUAUGUCCGUGGUGAGUUUAGCCAUGGGGGCUGAGGUUGACGUCGACGGUAGCAGCAACAACAUGGAAUUGACAAUGCGACUGACUGAAAGUACGGCAAAUAUAAUGAUCUCCACCCUCAACGAUCCAGAAGAGCCCUUUACACCGGCGUUGGAACAAACAGCUACAAGUGUUACAGGCUGUCUCACAAAUGUUCUAAAGACAGCUGCAGGCUCGGGGCAAGAUGACACAAGAUCGCUAGUUACGCCACCUUCUCAAGAGUUUGUUAAAAAGGCCUCUGAAAAACUUAACAGCAUGAGUGAUGCUUUCUUUGGCCGCUUAGUUCCAUCAGAAGAUCUGGUCCUACAAACUCCAAACUUGGCAAUAUCUCUGAAGAAGGUCACAGCUAAUGAUGCAAAAGGACUCAGCAUGGGAGAUGGACCAAGUAAAUUCAAACUCCCGAGCAGCCUCGGAAAUAUAGGCGGUGGUGACAUAAAUGCAAAGAUGCAGGCUGUUGAUUUUAACCCUUUUACCUGGGACAAUAGUAGCAAGAAAAUCAAAUCAAGCGUCACAAGUCUCGAGCUUAAAAGUACCAGCGCGGAAAAGAUAAAUGUGUCAAAUCUUGAUAACGACAUUCAGAUCGUCAUUCCGAUUUCUAACCCACCCAAAAACUCCAGCAACGGGACACAACAUUAUUUCCUUAAGCCUAACGAGAUAUCAGUUCGAAGCUACUACGCAGACUUAGCCCACGUCCCUGUCUCUCUGAAGUUGGAUUUAGCCAUAGCAGGAAUACAAAUUGAACUGCGGAUUAAAUUUGGACAACGACCAACGAUGAACGACUUCGACCACAAAUUUACGUUUGCGUUCAAGUCUUCAUGUAACAACCAAACAGUUGUUAAUACAACCUGCUUUACCAGAGAUGGGUCAGUCACAGUGACGCCUUCUAAGCCGGGUUUCCUUUACGUGGGCCUGUUGUUCAAAGGCUCUGAGAAUGAAAGUCCACAUUCAAGGCAAAGAAGAUCAUGCUUCGAUCAUCGUCGCGAAAGACGGUCAUGCGUUGGCGUUAAAGAUCCACCACCGACAGGAUUCCUUAAAACUAUGUUUCCGCAAUAUGACCCAAAAACAGACGUUAACUACACUUUAACCAUCACCCAAUCAAGCUGUCUGUACUGGUCAGAGAAAACAGAAAAGUGGGCUACGGAAGGUUGCAGGGUCGGCCAAGAUUCAAACGCCACGCAUCUUGUAUGCCUCUGCAAUCAUUUGACAUCCUUUGGCGGAAACUUCAUCCAAGCGCCAAACCCAAUUGACUUUGACAAAGUAUUUACUGAGUUCUUAAACCUUGCUGAAAGUGGCAAUAUCUCAGUACUUGUGACAAUUCUUUGUUGUUUCCUUCUGUACUUCGUCGUCUUAAUCUUUGCAAGGAGAGCCGACAAGAGAGAUGAAGACAAGAUUUGUCCUCCUAAAUUGAUAUCAGUUGUUAAGGAAGGAACAUAUUACUACGAUAUGGUUAUAAGCACUGGCGUUUGGAAACAUUCAGCGACAACAGCAAAUAUAACCAUUAAUAUCAAGGGCGAGAAUAACGAGCGGAGUCAAAUUCCAUUGCGAGAGGAAGGGGACACGAGCGAGUUUUUCGAACGAGGUAGUAUCAACGGCUUCGUUCUAGCGAUGGCUGAAUCCAUUGGUACAAUAAAAGAAAUUACUCUGGAUCACGAUAAUUCGGGAGAUAAUCCGUCCUGGUUUGUAGAGACUGUGGUCAUCAAAGACCGGCAGACAGAGGAAAGGUGGGUAUUCCCCAUUAAUAGAUGGCUUGCUUUGGAGAAAGACGACGGUCAGAUAGAGGUUACUAUGGACAGCACAACUUACUCCGCCUUCUCGGCUCAGGUUUGUUCGCGCUUUGCCAGAAAAAUUGUCGACAGUCACCUGUGGAUGUCGGUGUUUGGAAAAGCAUGUAGCAGUACCUUCACACGUGUGCAAAGAGCUUCUUGUUGCCUUUCAGUUCUGUUUAGCGCAAUGAUAGCUAAUGCCAUGUUCUAUAACAGUGGUGGUGAAUCCGACGGUGCUAUACAGGUUGGCCCAUUUUAGUUUUCUUGGAGACAGAUAGUCAUCGGAGCACAAAGUGGCAUAAUUAUUGCUCCCAUAAACAUAAUUAUUGUCUUCCUGUUAAAGUCUAGCAAACCAAGGCAGAAAAGGAACGAAAAAUACCAAGUGACAGACGAGGCCCAUCGACUUUUGGAUGAAAUAACGGAUACCGGCUGUAUGCUUCCUCAUUUCUUUGUCUAUCUAGGCUGGUUUCUCUGCUUCUGUACCACCAUGGCAGCGGCAACGUUUACUCUGUUUUACAGUUUAAUGUGGGGAAAGGAAACCUCUGAGCAGUGGCUUGCUUCAAUCUUGAUUUCUAAUGGACAAGAUAUUUUUGUUGUGCAGCCCACGAAAGUUAUGAUAGCGGUCAUCGUUAUUUCCUUUCUACUGACCAGAAAGAAUAAAGGCCAAUGCGCUGAAGAAGAAAAAGAGGAAAUUUCAAUCGAUCCACAUGCAAUUGAAAUUGAUUUUUUGAGGGAUGAUCCCAAACAGCGCUUUAAGAGACAUCAGCGGGAAAAGAUGAGGGAGAGAUCAAAAAGAGAAGCUCAGUUAACAAGCAUGACAAGAGAGAUUAUUCUUCAUCUGAUAUUUAUGUUUCUUCUGGCUAUCGUAUCUUAUGGAAACAAAAAUGGAAAUCGUUUUCUGAUGACAACGGAGACGAGGAAUCAGUUCUCUAAAUUCAAUGUGGUAUAUGAUUCACACAGAUUUGAAACAUGGUUAAGGAGUGAAUUCCUAUCAAACAUUUAUAAUCAGGCGUGGUAUAACGGACUUAAAGAAAAAAAUUACGUGUACAUCUCAAACAAGAUGUCGAUGCUGGUGGGUAUGCCCCGGUUGCGACAGCUCAGAAUUAAAAAAGAUACCUGCAGAUCCCUUUCUAAAAUGUUCUCAUCUUGCUACUACGACUAUUCCUCAGACAGUGAGGACACUACCUAUCUAAGUCUUCCGGGCUGGAAGCCCCUUCCCCCGAAUACGUCGUGGCCAAAUGCCCUCCAAUUGUGCCCGAAACCUUGGCGAUACCAAUCAGCAGCAAAACUUCGCAACGAUCCCAUCCAGGCGGCAUACAAUUCAUAUGAAGGAGGUGGUUAUGUAGCUGUCAUGGGUUAUGACGAAAGUACUGCACAGGGUGUCCUAGACGAAACUAUUGGGCACGGAUGGCUCGAUCGCCAAACUCGGGCUGUAAUUCUAGAGUUUGCUAUUUUCAAUGUCAAUACAAACCUGAUUAGCAUCGCUACAUACUUUUACGAGGCCAAAGCUACUGGUGCAGCCUACCCUUCGAGGAAAAUUGAAACACUCGAGUUGUACAGCACUGAGUCGGGAGCUCUGAUGUUUUUCCUAAUUGGCCAGUUUCUGUUUAUGGCAAUGGUCCUCUUUUACUUCAUAGUUAUGUUAUUUCACCUUUAUAGACAACGUUUUGGGUUCUUCAAGUCUGUUUGGAACGUAGUCGACUUUUUCAUGAUCAUUUCCUCUGUGGCCUCUGUAGUAUUUUAUAUGAUCAGAGCUAAAACUGUUUUGAAAACUAUCAAAGCUAUUCAAGCCAAUCCUUAUGAAAUCGUGAAUUUUCACACAGCCUUGGAUUGGCUUAACCUAGAAAAUGCAUCUAUCGCUGUCGCUGUUUUUAUGGUGACAAUCAAGCUUCUGAAUCUUAUUCGUUUUAACCCACACGUGAUUUACUUGUUUUCAUCUUUCCGGCAAUCCGUAGGCUAUCAACUCUCGUACGUGUUCUUCUUUCUCAUCGUGUUUCAUGCAUUUGUCGUUACAGGUAUGCAUUUAUUUGGUGGUAUAGUCCUUGAGUAUUCUAGUUACCUCAAUGCUGUCAUGUCGCAAUUCGAAUUCCUGCUAGGAAAGGCGGUCCCAUUACAAGCUCUGCGGAGCGACAAACCCUUUAUUGGUCCGACGUUUGCAUUUUUGUUUUGUUUAUCUACAACUAUAUUCCUAAUGAAUAUGUUAGUUUCUGUUCUUAAUGAGUCUUACGGCGACGCCAAAACAAACGCCGAGGAAAGUGCAGAAGAGCUUGAAAUGGCCCGCUUCAUUGGCGAAUGUGUAAAGGAAAUGUUCCAUGAAGGGAGUAAUCGGACGGAAUUUAGGUUGUUUUGUGAUGAGACGACCUUCGUAAACAUGUGCCUUUCUGAAGCAGAGCCAUUCUGUUUGAAUUCUGAAAGUAUUAUCCUGAGCACAGAGGAACGAAUGGAAAACGUGGAGAAAAGACUGCCUGUUCUCACUAAACGAACAGAAAACAUGGAAGCUGAUCUUCUAAAGGAGGAAAAUGACUUUAUGAAUCUUCUUUUCUCGAUGGCAGAUCAUUUUCAAUAUGCGUUAUACGAAGGAUCGGAGCUUGAUCCCUAA